CUGAUGGUGCAAAAACACAUGGAGACUCUUCAGAGCUGGUGCGGCGCUAGCGCAGGCUUUGUCGCCUUGGAACGGUUGACGGAUCUCCUGUUGGUGGAAGGGUUGUCCGACCUCCAGCAGAAACAACACGAUUUUGUUCAGAUCGAGACCACCAAAGGCCUGAGGAAUGCCUCCAAGAAGAUCCCCUUGGAGAAGCUCUUCCUGCCUCUGUCCAAAUUCAGCAUCCCUCCCAGAAUCUCGGUGACCAUUGGAGUCUCUGGCAUUGGCAAGAGCACUUUGGUGAAGCUCUUCGUCCACACCUGGGCAAAGGGAGAGAUAGGCAAGGAUUUUAUGUUUGUGUUGCCUCUCACCUUCCGGGAACUGAACGCUUAUGACAAACUCUCAGCCGAGCGGCUGAUCCGGCUGGCGUUCCCACACUUAGCAGAACUGAGCUUCCUCUCCAUGGGCACGGCCAAGACGCUCCUGAUCUUGGACGGCCUGGAUGAAUUUAAGACUCCGUUAGAUUUUUCCAACACGGUUGCUUGCACGGACUUCCGAAAGGAGAUCCAGGUGGACAACUUGAUCACCAACAUCAUCCGAGGCAACCUGCUACAAGACAUUUCCGUCUGGAUCACCUCUCGGCCUACAGCAACCAGCCAAAUCCCCGGCGGUCUAGUGGACCGGAUGACUGAAAUCCAAGGCUUUGGAGAUGCGGAGAUCAAAGACUAUUUACAUCACGUGUUCAUUGAGAACCAAAACUUAGCGGAUUCGGUGAUGCAGCAUCUCAGGGUCAACAGAUCUUUGUAUAUCUUGUGCACCGUGCCAGCGUUUUGCUGGAUUUGGGGGUCCUCGAUAGGCUACUUUCUAAAGAGUGCCGAUAGCUCUCCAGAAAUGUCCGCUGUUCCGAAGACUUUGUCAGAAAUCUAUUCCUACUACUUUAAAAUGGUCCUGUGUAGCGACUGGCAAGGAAAGCCGAAGGAAGUCCUCAGGAUAGAACAGGUGGUGAAUAACUGCAAGAAGAUGAUGAGCUGUUUAGGCCGACUGGCGUUCUACAGCCUGAUCAAGAGAAAGUACAUGUUUCACGAGCAGGACAUGAAAGCCUACGGCGUAGACCUCUCUUCUCUUCAAAUCAGCUUGUGCAGCAGACUCUUGCUUAAGGAAGAGACAUCAUUUUCCACCAUUUACUAUUUCCCCCAUUUAACGUUUCAGGAAUUUCUGGCAGCCACUUACUAUUAUUCCGCGGCAAAGCGUGCCCUUUUUGAUCUCUUCGUGGAGAGCGGUAUGUCUUGGCCAAAGCUGGGUUUCCUGAACCACUUUAAAAAUGCUGUCCAGAGAUCUCUCCAGUCUGAGGAUGGACAUCUGGACAUCUUUGUGCGCUUCCUGGCCGGCCUCCUCUCCCCACAGGUGAACAAAGCUCUGGCGGAUUGGUUCUUGGUGAAGGAUGAACACCACAGCUACCGGAGUCACGUGAUCAGCCUCCUCGAGAACCUUCUGGGAGUGGACCAGACCGUCUCCUGCAGGACUGUCAACCUCAUGCGGUGUUUGCAUGAGAUCCACCAUGUGGAAGCUGCCAUCAAUGUCGAGGAGGCUAUGAAAACAGAGACCCUGUCUGGGAUGUUGACACCCGCCAAUUGCUCUGCAUUGGCUUACCUCCUGCAGACCUCAGAAGUGUGCGCAGAAGAGGCGAAUCUGUACAACUGCCUCACCUAUCAUGCCUUCCAAAGCCUUCUCUCUCAGCUCCUGUACUGUAGUAAUCUCAGGUUGGACUACAACCAGUUUAAAGACAGUGCCAUGGACCUUCUGGGCAGCGUGCUGAGCGGAAAGGAUUGUCAGAUUCAGAAAAUCAGCUUGGCAGAAAACCAGAUUGGAAACAAGGGUGCUAAAGCCCUUGCCAGGUCGCUGAUGGUUAACAGGAGCCUGAUGGCGCUGGAUCUUCGGAGUAACUCCAUUGGACCCCAAGGAGCAAAGGCACUUGCUGACGCACUGAAAAUCAACCAAUGCUUGCUUUCUCUAAACCUCCAGAACAACGUGAUCAAGGAAGACGGUGCCACAUGCCUGGCCGAGGGUCUGGUCAGCAACCACACGCUGAAGACUCUGCACCUCCAGAAGAUCUCGGUGGGACCCCUGGGCUCGAGGAAAAUAGCAGAAGCGCUGAAGAAGAACCGGGGACUCCAGGAGCUCAUAUUGUCCGGGAACUCUGUUGGUGACGUAGGUGCAACAGCCCUGGCGGAAGCGCUGAAGGUGAACCGCACCCUUCUGACCCUGGAACUCCAGAGCAAUUCGAUCAGUGACACGGGGGUUACUGCGCUCACCCGAGCCCUCUGUGAGAAUCAAGGGCUCACAAGCCUCAACUUGCGGGAGAACUCCAUAAGCCAAGACGGAGCUCAGGAAAUUGCCGGUGCCCUUCGAGCGAACAGCACCCUGCGAAAUUUGGACUUGGCUGCCAACCUACUGCACGACGAAGGUGUCCAGGCCAUUGCGAUGGCGCUGAAGGAGAACCAGGCGCUUACUUCCCUGCAUUUGCAGUGGAACUUCAUUCAGUCCAAAGCAGCCACGGCCCUGAGCCAAGCUCUGCAAGUCAACAAGAGCCUCACCCUCUUAGAUUUACAGGAAAAUACAAUUGGAGAUGAAGGGACGGCUGCCCUGGCUUCUGCCCUGAGGGUGAACUCAACACUCACGGAUCUCUACCUCCAGGCGGCGCUGGUCGGCGAGAGCGGAGCCAGAGCUCUGGGGGAGGCCUUGAUUGCUAACGAGAGCCUUGCAACGCUCGACUUGAGAGGAAACUCUAUUGGUUUGGCGGGAGCGAAAGCCAUGGCCAACGCCUUGAAAGUGAACUGCACCCUGCGCAGGUUGAACCUCCAGGAGAACGCCCUGGGCAUGGAUGGCGCCAUUUGCAUCGCCACAGCUCUGACCGGAAGCCACAGACUCACCUACAUCAACUUACAAGGAAAUCAAAUAGGUGAGUCAGGAGCCAAGGUGAUCGCUGAUGCCAUCCGGACCAACGCCCCCAACUGUGUCGUAGAGAUGUGAGAGGGAUUCCGCUGGAGGUGGCCGGGGAGCCCAGGCACUCCGCAGCUUGGGAGCGCGCCUUCUCCGAGCAUGGUCCGCUCAUGGAGGAUGUGCCGGGAAAGGAAAGGUCGUCUGGGAGCAGCAGGCAGAUGCAAUGGGCAGUCCUAAGCCAGGGUAUGGCCUAGGCCAAAGGCACCUGCGGACGAGAAUGGCCCACCUCGAUGUCACUGUCAUUCCGGGCGUCUGUUCCUGCCGAUGGUGCGCUUGGGUGGUCCAGACAUUUUGCAGAGGAUACUUACAAGUGGCCAAUGACUGGACUGCAUCUUCCAUUUUGGCUGAAGACAUUUGUUAAUCUACCAUUGCUGAGAACAGGCGGCACAGGCACCCACCCAAACAUAAGAAGAAACAAGAUGGGGUGGGUGGGA